CCCGGUGGAGCGGCUGCUGGCGCGGCGCGGCGCGGCUCGGCACGGCGGCGCCCGGGCGCAGGCGAGCGGGCGGAGCAGCGGACGGUGCCCAGGCCGCCCCACGCGCCGGGCUCGCGGCGGAGCGCGCCGGACUCGUCGGGGCCUGCGGCCGCCCGCGCCUUUCAAUGGGCAGCUCGCACUUGCUCAACAAGGGCCUGCCGCUUGUCAGACUUUGACCCCGGCGCAGGCUUCGGUGGUCGCGGCGGAUCAGGAGCCUAAGAGCUUUGGUUCGAGACAAUUAAAGACGUGGGAUGAGGAUCCAGUGACAGGACGCAGUUCUGCCGGGGGAUUCUGAAGAUAAAUCGCUUUGAAAAGUCGAAUUCAUGGUCGUGGAAGCUGAGCCCAUAUUAAGAAAUGUCAGGCGUCCGACCCCCGAUCAUGAACGGGCCCCUGCACCCCCGGCCCCUGGUGGCACUGCUGGACGGCCGGGACUGCACAGUGGAGAUGCCCAUCCUGAAGGACGUGGCCACAGUGGCCUUCUGUGACGCACAGUCCACGCAGGAGAUCCACGAGAAGGUCCUGAACGAGGCUGUGGGGGCGCUGAUGUACCACACCAUCACGCUGACCAGGGAGGACCUGGAGAAGUUCAAAGCUCUUCGUAUCAUUGUUCGAAUCGGCAGCGGUUUUGACAACAUCGACAUCAAAUCAGCUGGGGAUUUAGGCAUCGCUGUCUGCAACGUGCCAGCGGCGUCUGUCGAGGAGACGGCUGACUCCACCAUGUGCCACAUCCUCAACCUGUACCGCAGGACCACGUGGCUGCACCAGGCCCUGCGGGAGGGCACUCGGGUCCAGAGCGUCGAGCAGAUCCGGGAAGUGGCUUCCGGAGCCGCCAGGAUCCGUGGGGAGACCUUGGGUAUCAUAGGACUAGGUCGAGUGGGGCAGGCGGUGGCGCUUCGGGCCAAGGCCUUCGGCUUCAACGUGCUGUUCUACGACCCCUACCUGUCGGACGGCACGGAGCGGGCGCUGGGGCUGCAGCGGGUGAGCACGCUGCAGGACCUGCUCUUCCACAGCGACUGCGUCAGCCUGCACUGCGGCCUCAACGAGCACAACCACCACCUCAUCAACGACUUCACCGUCAAGCAGAUGCGACAAGGCGCCUUCCUGGUGAACACGGCCCGGGGCGGCCUGGUUGAUGAGAAGGCGCUGGCCCAGGCCCUGAAGGAGGGGCGGAUCCGGGGUGCAGCCCUGGACGUGCACGAGUCGGAGCCAUUCAGCUUUAGCCAGGGCCCCCUGAAGGAUGCGCCCAACCUGAUCUGCACCCCCCACGCAGCCUGGUACAGCGAGCAGGCGUCCAUUGAGAUGCGGGAGGAGGCGGCACGGGAGAUCCGAAGGGCCAUCACAGGCCGGAUCCCCGACAGCCUGAAAAACUGCGUCAACAAGGAUCACCUGACAGCGGCCACCCACUGGGCCAGCAUGGACCCCGCUGUCGUGCACCCUGAGCUCAAUGGGGCUGCCUACAGCAGGUAUCCGCCCGGCGUGGUAGGCGUGGCCCCCAGCGGCAUCCCGACCGCCGUCGAGGGCAUCGUCCCCAGCGCUAUGUCCCUGUCCCACGGCCUGCCCCCUGUAUCCCACCCGCCCCACGCCCCUUCUCCCGGCCAGACCGUCAAGCCCGAGGCAGAUAGAGACCAUGCGAGUGACCAGUUGUAGCCCGGGCGGAGCUCUGCAGCCUCGGCGCCCUCGGAUGGCGCGUGUGGAGACGGCGCCUGCGAGGCCACAGCGCCCAGAGACUGUGCCGGCCGCAUGGGCGAGAGGCCGCGCUCCCCGCGUCAGCUGCGGCGUCCGUCCCCGGGCCGGCCGCUGUCCUGUGUUCUCUGCGUCCUCGUUAAGCAAAAGAAGUUAGUAGUUAAUUCUAUCAUGAAUGUCCUUGUCCGUGUACAGUCUUUAGAACAUCACGAAGGAGCGGUUUGCUUAGCUGUCACCAGGCGCGUGCCCACGGGGCCGCGUCCGAGGGGAGCGCGCCCGCCCCAGACCGUCGGGCAGACUGCUCAGGGCCACGGCUCCGCCCGCGUUUCUUUCUGCGCCACACAGUGCAUUGUUUUUUCUACCUGCUUGUCUUAUUUUUAGAAUAAUUUAGAAAAACAAAACAAAGGCUGUUUUUCCUAAUUUUGGCAUGAAUUCCCCUUGUUCCAAACGGAGACGGCAUCGCAAAGUGGCUCGAAGAGAAGCGGAGGCUGUGUGGCGCGGCGCCCGGCCGUCGGCGCGGGUCUGGGACGUGAGGGCGCGCGGCCCGCGCGGUGCCGCCCUGCUGACGUGGUAGGCUAGCAAUAUUUUGGUUAAAACCAUGUUUGUGACUGUAACCAUUUGUAUGAAUUAUUUUAAAGGAAUAAAAAUCCCAGAAAGAGCCGG